AUGGUUGCUUUGAUGGGUUCCAGGUGACAAAGAAUUGAAUUGAAAGAGAUGAGCAAAAGAGGGAAUUGCAGUGGGGCUGGAAAGACGACGCUUCUGAAUAUUCUUAUGGAUAGGAACAUGAGGGGGUUGAGGAAGAGCGGGACUGUAAAAGUGAACGGAACCGAGAUCAGGAAGAAGAUUUCCUUGAUUUCCGGAUUCGCUCAACAACAAGAGAUCUUCACUCCGACGUUGACAGUCGAAGAGUAUUUGAUGAUUCAAGUGAGGAGGCUGAGGCCGUACCGUUUUGGGAGAAACGAGAAAACGAGAGAAACGAAAAGGGGAAAUUCGAAAAGAGGAACCGCGAAAACGGGAGAAACGAAAAGACAAGAAAGGGAGCACUCUGGACAUUUCCGACUUUACCGCGCCUGUACCAGGUUGAGGAAGGAAGAAAGAAAGAGAGAGAGAGAGCUGACUUCUUGCAUAGCAAUAACGUCAGAGGAAGGAAGAGAGAUGAUUUUGCAGUUUGGCCGCACACGACUGAAGCUCCGCUCCUUUCUCGCCUUUUCGAAUUUCGCCUUUUCGUUUCUCCCGUUUUCUCGUUUCUCCCCAUACGGUACGGCUUCAGGAGGCGGACGGAAGUCUGCUAAUUGACAACAAAUUCAGGCGAGUUUGAGAAUCAGAGGGGACAAAGCGACGAGAAGGGAGAGGGUGGACGAAGUGAUCGAAAUGCUCGGACUGGCCAAAUGUCGGCGAGCGCGCAUAGGAACUCCGGGCCUGGUCAAAGGGAUCUCGGGCGGAGAAGCGAGGCGGCUGACGUUCGCCUGCGAAUUGCUCUCCAACCCUUCACUGCUCUUCGCCGAUGAACCAACUUCCGGGCUCGACUCCUUCAUGGCGGCGAGUAUUGUGCAGAUAAUGAAACAAUUGGCAGUCUCCGGACGGACCCUCAUUGCCACCAUCCACCAGCCGACGGACGAUCUCUUCUUCUCGUUCCACAAAAUAAUAUUUCUGUCCUUGGGACGAUGCGCGUUUAUGGGGACGCCUGCAGAAGCGAUAAAAGUUUGGAAUGGCCAUGAUCAUCUGAUAAUGAUCAGAAAUAUUUCAGUUCUUCGCGGAAGGAGGACUGCCGGUUCCACGUGGAUUCAAUCCUCCGGAAUGGAUGCAGUCCCAAUUGUCUGUGAAACCGGAGGAAGAGGAAGAGAGUCGCCAUCGGAUCGGAAAAAUCACUUCGUGCUACGAAAAGAGUGAAAUCUUCAGGAGGACGAUGUCAGAAGUCGAAAGGAUUUCGGUCACGAUGCUUCCUUCCCUCACUCAGAACAUUGGAUUCUUCAAAGAGACUUCUGCACUUCUUAAAAGGCAUGUUUCUUUUAUUUCUUCAAGUUUAUCAUUUUCCUGUCUCAGAUCUUGCCUCGACGUCAUCCGUUCUCCUGCUCAAAUGCGAAUGAAAUUCAUCCAGAAGAUUGUAAUGGGCGUGUUCAUAGGAUCCCUCUACUGGCAACAGCCACUUGACCGUCGUGGAGUCCAGAAUACGAACAGUGCCCUCUACUUCCUCAUCGCCGAGCUCACCUUCUCCACAAUGUUCUGUAUCAUGACGUUCAUGGAGCACGAGCUGCCGCUCAUUGCUCGCGAAUACCACGACGGUCUGUUCUACGUCAUCAGCUACUACUUCUCCCGUUGUCUCUCCUAUCUGCCAUUGUUCACGGUCGACGGAGCAAUCAUGAUACUCAUUUCCUACUGGAUGAUCGGACUGAACGGCACGUGGCAGCAAGUGCUCAAGAGCAUUCUCAUAUCUGUUUUGGUGGAGCAGUCGGCCACGUCCUGCGGGCUCUUUCUCGCGUGUCUCUUCGAAACCUCGUCGGUGGCCAUCGCCUUCGCGGUCCCAGCAUCCGGCCUCUUCGCAUUAUUGAGUGGUCUCUACGGGAAUACUAACAACUUUCCGGUCUAUAUUCAGUGGAUGCAAUGGACUAGCUGGUUCAGGUAACCAGAAGGAAUAUACGAUUCUGAACUCUCUACCCCGUUUUCAGAUACGGUUUCGAAGGUCUCGUUGUCAAUCAGUGGUCAGAAGUGAACGAUUCUAAGUGGUCGGACGGAGUGAGCGAUAAGGCGCGCGUGCAUUUUCAAAUAAAUAACUGUUUGCAGUAUCGUGACGUCAUCCUGGAACAGUUCUCGUUCAAACACGACAACUUCCGGCUCGAUGUCCUCGGUCUCUCCUCUAUUGUCGUCUUCUUCUAUCUGGCGGGAUACGUGUCCCUUCUAAUUCGCAUCCGAUUAUCUCGUUGA